AAGCAUUAUAUAAGGUCCAACGCUACUAGAGCAAUGCCUGUGCUGAGACUGAGACUCUGAGAGAGAGAGAGAGAGAGAGAGAGAGAGAGAGAGAGGAGUGGUGGUGUCGAAGUGAAUCAUGGCUUCUAAACCAGGACCACUCACUGAUUGGCCAUGGAAGCCUCUUGGAAGCUUGAAGUACGUGGUGCUGGCUCCUUGGGUGGUCCGCAGCACUUACGUCUUCUUCAACAGCAAUGGGAGGGAGAGGGACCUGUCCACCUUCCUGAUAUUUCCGUUUCUGCUAUGGAGGAUGCUCCACAACCAAAUUUGGAUAACUCUGUCUCGGUACCGCAAUGCCAGAGGGAAUGGCAGGAUCGUCGACAAGGGCAUUGAAUUUGAGCAGGUCGACCGAGAAAGAGACUGGUCAGUCCAUCCCUCCUCAUCAUCAUCUUCUUUUGUCUCGACGGGGAUCAGAAAGAUCAUGGACGACCAAAUACUGUUCAAUGGAUUGAUCUUCUACAUUGGGGCAAUGACACUUGCCGGAGGUUCUUGCUUGCCGGUGUGGAGAUCAAACGGUGUGAUAACCACGAUUUUGCUUCACGUCGGGCCGGUGGAGUUCCUCUACUACUGGCUUCACAGGGCGCUUCACCAUCACUAUCUCUACUCCCGUUAUCAUUCUCACCAUCACUCCUCCAUUGUCACUGAGCCUAUCACUUCUGUGAUUCAUCCAUUUGCGGAGCACGUGGCAUACUUCUUGCUGUUCGCGAUACCUCUGCUCACAACGGUGCGGAUGGGGAUGGCGUCGAUCAUGUCAUUCGCCGGCUACGUGACGUACAUUGACCUAAUGAACAACAUGGGGCACUGCAAUUUCGAGCUCAUUCCUAAGUGGAUCUUCUCAUACUUCCCCCCUCUCAAGUACCUCAUGUACACCCCCUCGUUUCAUUCAUUACAUCACACACAAUUCCGGACUAACUACUCCCUGUUCAUGCCGUUUUACGACUACAUCUACGGAACGAUGGACAAGUACUCUGAUAAACUCUACGAGACUUCGCUCGAGCGAGGCGCAGAAGUGUCCGAUGUCGUGCAUCUGACCCACCUUACAUCUCCCGAGUCGAUCUAUCAUCUGCGGGUAGGAUUCGCCUCUCUUGCGUCCCGGCCCGACCGAUCAUCGAGGUGGUAUCUCUGGUUGAUUUGGCCUGUGACUCUAUGGUCCAUCAUGGUUACUUCGCUUUAUCAGCGCACUUUUGUGGUUGAGCGGCAUCGCUUCAAUAAACUCAAAUUACAAACAUGGGUCAUUCCAAAGUAUAGCAUUCAAUACUUCAUGCAAUGGCAAAAGGAGCCGAUCAAUGGUCUGAUUGAGAAAGCCAUCUUGGAGGCAGAGGAAAAGGGGACCAAGGUUUUGUGCUUGGGUCUCUUGAACCAGGGAGAGGAGCUGAAUGGAUGUGGUGGGUUGUAUGUGGAGAGACAUCCUCAGCUCAGAGUGAGAGUUGUGGAUGGGAGUGGAUUAGCAGUGGCUGUGGUGGUCAAUAGCAUUCCCAAAGGAACUGUGCGAGUCCUCUUCAGAGGGAGGCUCACUAAGGUGGCCUAUGCCAUUGCUUUUGCUUUGUGCCAAAGGGGAAUCCAGGUGGCUACACUGCAUGAACAUGAGUACAAGAUGCUGAAGAAAUCACUCAAUCACAAGUGUGACAUCUAUCUGCUUCGCUCAAGCGGCCAUGCUCCAAAGGUAUGGAUAGUUGGAGAUGACAUAACAGAAGAAGAUCAGUUAAAAGCAUCAAAAGGGACAUUAUUCAUACCCUUCUCGCAAUUCCCUCCAAAAAAGUUGCGCAGCGACUGCUUCUAUCACCACACACCAGCCAUGGUCACUCCUCCGUCGCUUGAGAAUGUGCAUUCCUGUGAGAACUGGUUGCCACGAAGAUUGAUGAGCGCAUGGCACGUCGCGGGGAUUCUACACGCAGCAGAAGGGUGGGAGGAGCAUGAGUGCGGCUACACGAUCACUGACAUCGACAAAGCAUGGCAAGCAAGUCUACGGCAUGGCUUUCAACCUCUUGGCAUCCCUGCUCAUGUUCCCAGAAACUGAGUUAGAUUUAUCUCGAUUCACAUAAAGCAUGGACAUAUCUGUGAUACCAUGCAACGUACAAUACAAUACCCUCUGGGAUGACUUACGUAAAAUUAUGCCUCACGCUCUAUUUAUGAGGUUUUCGUUUUGGAUAGGAUCUGUUUAACAUGAUCCAUUUGCUAUAUUCACCGCCAGAAGUUAUGCGUUUUACGUUCUUACCAAGUUACAAUAAAACAUCUGUAUCGUAUAGCAAUGAAAUUCCUUAAGAGUUUAGUAAA